CACUGGGAAGCCAAUCUACAAAGCUCUUGGACAUCAGCUACCACUCAGCUAAGGGGCAAUGCUGAUGUCAGAAUGGGUCACUGGCAUCAGGAGAAGGGGCAAUUCUGGUGUCAGGUGUGGGAAGGAGUUUCCACAGAGAGAAACUGUGAACUGGUCUUCCUGUUGAACCAAGAGCAAAUAUUUGAGGCACUUGAGGAAUGCAGGGUGGUCCCAGAGGAAUAAAAACAGCACCUGGAGGCAUUUCAGAAAGGAAUGAGAAAUGACCAGAAGAUGGAGAUCAAAUCCAGUCAGCUCUAAAUAAAAUCUCUGUUGGAUCAGAAGCUGAAAAGCUACAAAGUCAGACCUUGCAGCCCAGCUACAAAAUGCCCAAUCCAAACUGGUGAAACCAGUUGAAAGGCAACAAGCAACUUGGAACCUGAUGAGGAAUGGAGGCAGGAAACCCAGUUACCUAAACACAAAUGGACUUCCAAGGGAAAGCCAGGUAUGGAGUUCUCUCAGCGAAUCUUUCCAGGUGACCAUGCCUACAUGCGCCAAGUGAUCCCCAGUAUGGAGCAAUGGCGAGGUGCCAGAACUCAUCAGUGUUUGGGGGGAGGAAGCUGUCCAGUCCCAGCUGCACUCCAGCCAUAGGAAUUAUGAUACCUUCGGGCAGAUAUCAAGGGACAUGAUAGAAAGCGGCCAUGACCAGGCCAUGCAGUGCAGGGUUAAAGUGAAGGAGCUGUGGAAUAUCUACCACAAAGUCUGCAAGGCAAACUGCUGCUCUGGUGCUGCCCCCGUGACCUGCUGUUUCUACGAAGAGCUGGAUGCGAUACUUGGGGGCGACCGCACCUCCACUCCAAGGACCACCAUGGACACUUCAGAGCCCAGUUCAACAAGGCAGGAGGAGGAGGAGGAGGAAAGCAGGAGCGAGGGUGCUGAGGCAGAGGAAGACACCCUGGAAUCCCAAGAUGCAUGCAGCCAGGAGCUGUUUUUGAGCCAGGAGGAAGGCAGUCAGUCAUGGUGGCCAGUGCUUGGGGAAGAACAAACACCAGAGGAGGUGCCUGAUGCAACCUUGAGAUCUCAGCAAUGACACUUGCCUAAGUUGGCUCCUCUUUUAGGGGGACACUGACUCCUGGGGCACUCACUCCUCUGCACAGCUCAGCUGUGCUGCUGCCCUGUGUGAGCUGCUGCCAGCAGCCCCUCCCCCUGCCUGCUCUGCGUGCCUACUCAGCUGUUUGCUUCUCCCUUGGUGGUUGGAGGGCCGGACAAAUGGAAGCCUUGGGCUGGAUCCAGCUCGUGGGCCGCAGUUUGGAGACCCCUGGCAUACAGAAUGGAGAACAGAGAUUCCAAGGCAAGAACCACACAGAACUCUGGGACCAGAAUAGCAGGGAAGCACUGCAUGAUGGGGGAUCUCUGCUCCAGCUGUUAAUGAACCCAUCUGCACACACCCAGCUCAGUAGUUAUCAAACCAAUUCUAGUAAUAAAUCCUUUACUGGUAUCCAAAAUAGUGAAGCUCCCUAAUUGCAUUGUGAGCUUUCUCCAAGUAACACCGCCUAUAGACAGAUAGAAUGAUCAGUUCCCAUUGUCUAGCCUGAACAAAACAACUUUGGUAUACGUCCUUGAGUCAUCAGUUUACACAUACAUAUACAAUAUACAGUGUUUUGAUUUAUAAAAAUGUGCCUCUAUAAUAUCUUCAGGGCACACAGAGACUUAUCAAAACCUAACAUCAAAAUUUAGUUGACCGUAAGCAAGGUAAUUAAAGGAUUAUGCCCACAGUUAAACAAAAAUAUAUUCCAUCAGUCAAAGGCCUGUGUAAAUAGGCUUUGCACCAUACCCUGAAGGUCAGCAGACCUGGGCUCUGUUAGACCACUGAGGGAGAUGUAUUCCAGAGCUCAGAGCCCCACACGGACAAUGCUUUUCCCCAUGUGUUUACAACUAUAGGCUGAUUCUCCUCUCAUUUGUAUCUUCCGGAAAUCAAGAGUAGCUCUAUUGGAGUUACACCAGUUUUACAUAGGGUUGCCAACUUCCUACUUGCACAAAACCUAACACCAUUGCCCUGCCCCUUCUCCGAGGCCCUGCCCCCCCCUCACUUCAUUCCCCCAACCACUGUCGCUCACUCUCCCCACCCUCACUCACCCACCCAUUUUCAUCGGGCUGGCUCAGGGGACUGGGGUGCGGGAAGGAGUGAGGACUCUGGCUGAGGGUGCAGGCUCUGGCAUGGGGCCAGUAACAAGGAGUUCAGAGUGCGUGAGGGGGCUCUGUGCUUAGG